CCCUGAGAGGGGAUAUUUGGUUGGAAGCUCAUGGAAAGAACUUAAGAGGCACCAGAGUAUUCUGGAAAUAGAGUGAGCAGAGAGAAGGAGUAUCUGGUUUAACUCUUUCUGCUGUUUUCUGUGUCAUCUUGAUGAGUCCUUUACCUGAGGUCAUGUGAUUAACGGGAGCCCAGUUCUUACCCCUUUAGAUGUUCGUGGGCCCUGUGCAAACUGGACAGUCCCUGGGCUGAGAAUGGUGCCCCGAACAGAUAUCCAAGCUGAGCUCGCCGCUAAUACAGCUAAUACAGCUAAUAAACAUCACAGUGUUGAUGGUACCAUCAUAUCACAGCCAUGGCCAAUCAGACCAUCAUAGUUCUGACACCAAACGGCAUCAAUUUCCCCCAAACAGAGGAACCCAAACCCACCAACCAGAGGCAAGACAGCCUAGAGAAACAUCUAAAGGCAGAUGUCAAAGUUCUUGGGACCAUCCAGAUCCUGUGUGGGGUGAUGGUGUUGAGUUUGGGAAUUAUUUUGGUGUCUGUUCCUUCCUUUCCACAAUUUACCCCGAUGCUUUCCACCCUGUUGAAGGCUACUCACCCAUUCGUAGGAGCCUUGUGUGUGAGUUUGUCAUUUCUGGAAUUCUACCAGUCAUCAUGGAGAAAAAGUCAACUAAACCUUUGGCUCAGAGCAGUGUGGCUGCAAAUAUUCUGAGCUCUCUAUGUGCUCUUGUGGGUUUUAUUCUCCUCUCUGGCAACCUGGCUGCUUUGGAUUCUGCCUUUUGGAAGUGUGACUUGAACAGAGAGGACAGAGUACCUAAAGGGUAUUCACUUUUCCAUUAUCUGCACCCAUAUGCUAAGGACGACUGUUUCACCGCCAAAACCACUCUGGCUGGAACUCUGUCUGUGAUGCUGAUUUGCACGGUGCUGGAGUUCUGCAUGGCCACGCUCGCUGCUGUGGUUUGGUGGAAACAGGCUUACUCUGACUUCGCUGGGAGUGUGCUUUUCCUGCCUCAGAGUUACAAGAAUAAAUCCAGCAUACCCGCAAAAGCAUUUUCUGACCCUGGAUAUGAAGAACUAUUGACUUCUUAGGGGAAAUUAUUCAGCAGAAAUUUGGUUUUAUGAUGAUAUAUAAAAACCAACCAAAGAAACUCAACUCAAGAAAGCGGUUUGAAUUCUCUGAAAUGCAGGCUUU